UCCUCCGUUACUCUCUCUCUCUCUCUGCAGAUACAAGAAAAAUCUCUUCUGAUCGACGAGAGUGGAGAGGAUCAUCGAGAGCAAAAAUCAAGAGUGUAACGAUGUUCGUGAAACGGAAUCCGAUUAGAGAAACCACCGCCGGGAAUAACACUCCGCCGUCGUCACCGUCUGUGAAUGUUGCAGUCGCGCAUAUAAGAGUUGGGUCGUAUUACGAAAUCGAUUCUUCGAUUCUUCCUCAGAGAUCGCCGGAGAAUCUUAAAUCGAUUAGAGUCGUCAUGGUGAGCAAAAUCACGGCGAGCGACGUGUCUCUCCGAUACCCAAGCAUGUACUCACUCCGAUCGCAUUUCGAUCGCAGCAGGAUUAACCGGAAUAAGCCGUUGAAGAAGAGGAGCGGUGGUGGUGGUCUUAUCCCUUUGCUCGACGAGAGCCAUGUGAUGAGUUCGGAGCUUGCUGGGGAUUUGCUUUACAGAAGAAUCGCACCUCAUGAGGUUUCUAUGAAUAGAAAUUCGUGGAGUUUCUGGGUUUCUUCUGCUUCUUCUCGCAGGAACAAGAGGAUUUCUCAACCGGCGUACAAUACUAGGCUCUGUCGCGCGGCUUCACCGGCGGGGAAGUGUUGGUCUGAGCUGAGAUCUGGAGGGAUGAUUAAGUGGGGGAGGAGAUUGCGUGUGCAGUACAAGAGUCGGCAUAUUGAUGCUAAGAAGAAUACGGAAGGUGAGGAGGGUUCUAAGGUGAAGGAGGAAGGGGCUUGCAAAGAAGAGACUGAUGAAGAAGAUGAUGACGAUGAUGGGAAUGAAGCCGAAGGGGCUAAACAGAUUGCAAAGGAAAUAACUGGUGGAAAUCGUAAGAGAAAGCUGACUGAGUCAAGCACUGAGAGACUUGCUCAGAGGGCUAAGGUUUAUGAUCAGAAGAAGGAAAAUCAAAUUGUGGUCUAUAAGAGGAGAGCAGAGAAGAAAUUCAUUGACAGAUGGUCUGUUGAUAGGUACAAACUAGCUGAGAGGAACAUGUUAAAAGUGAUGAAGGAGAAGAAUGCAGUGUUUGGCAACUCCAUACUCAGGUCAGAGUUAAGGUCAGAAGCAAGGAAGCUGAUAGGUGACACAGGUCUUUUAGAUCAUAUGCUCAAGCAUAUGGCAGGUAAGGUGGCUCCUGGAGGUCAAGAUAGGUUUAUGAGAAAGCACAAUGCAGAUGGGGCAAUGGAGUAUUGGUUGGAGAGUUCUGAUUUGAAUCACAUAAGGAAAGAAGCAGGAGUUGAAGAUCCUUACUGGACGCCUCCACCUGGUUGGAAGCUUGGUGACAACCCUACUCAAGAUCCUGUCUGCGCCGGAGAAAUCCGUGAGAUCAGAGAAGAAUUAGGUAGCCUGAAAAGAGCAUUGGAGAAACUGGCGUCAAAGAAGGAAGAGGAUCAAGAGCUUGCUAUCGUGACUACACCUAAUUCUUGUGUUACUAGUCAGAAUGUGGACCAUGAUAAUCUAAUGACUCCAGCAAAGGAAAUAUACGCUGAUCUGCUGAAGAGGAAAUACAAAAUUGAGGACCAGCUAGUGAUAAUUGGAGAAACCUUGCGUGAAAUGGAGGAAGACAUGGGAUGGCUUAAGAAAACAGUGGACGAGAAUUUUCCUAGAAAGCCAGACUCAUCAGAGACACCUUUGCUACUAGAAGAUUCGCCACCAAUGGAGUCACUCGAAGGAGAAGUAAAGGAGAUGAACAAGGGAAACCAAAUCACACAGUCACCUCGAUGCAGAGAAAAAAGCAAGAAGCACGAUCAACAAGAACGAUCACCACUGUCACUUAUAAGCAACAGUAGUGGUUUCAGAAUCUGUAAGCCAGUGGGGAUUUUCGCAUGGCCCAAGUUGCCUGCUCUUGCUUCUGCUGCUACUACUGACACAGUGUUGUCAAACAGUAACGCAACGCUUGCUUCUUCACCAAGUUACACAACUCUUUGUCCAGUCAGGCCACUAGCAGCUAAGCGCCCUCUCGGCUUUCCUUUUCCUUUCACCGUAACUCCCGAAGAAGCUCCCAGAAGUCUCUUCAACAUUUGAAGCUGUAACAAGAAACUGAUGCAUCAGUAAGCUGAUGUGAUUACAAGCUAGCAGGUAAUUACAAAGUAUCACUUAUUAAAAUAUAAAGAAACCUAUUCUUAUGGGAAUAAUUUGGCAAAAUUUUGAAAUUCUUCAUCUUUAAUUUAGGGAUUUAAUGUCUCUGAUUAUUAAGUAUAUAACAUAUAUAUAUAUAGAGAUAGCCAGAGAGAAAUGAUUUGAAUAGAGAGAGGCUUAUCAUAUCAUUUACUAGGAAUAUAUUAUUUGAAAGACUACUGGGAUAUCAUAGUCUGUAUUACAGAUAACGGUUUCUAUUUAAAUGAUACAUUUAUACUUAUUUGA